AUGUCUGCUGAUUUAACUACGAAAUUCUUUGAUGCUACUUUUGCCAACCCAUUCAUGAACGCUUCUGGUGUUCAUUGUAUGUCUAUUGAAGAGUUAAAAGAAUUGGAUAACAACUCAAAUGCAGGUUCUUUCAUCACAAAGAGUGCUACCCCAGAGUUUAGACAGGGGAACCCAGAACCACGUUACUACUCGGUUCCAUUGGGCUCUAUCAACUCCAUGGGUUUACCUAACAAAGGCUUCGACUAUUAUCUAAACUACGUCAUCAAACGUCAACAAGAAAAUAAAAAUGAUAAUAAACCAAUUUUCUUCUCUGUAGCAGGCAUGUCUGUAGCAGAUAAUUUGGAAAUGUUGGAAAAAUUACAAAACAGUGAGUUCCAUGGUUUCACUGAAUUAAAUUUGUCAUGUCCUAAUGUCCCAGGUAAACCACAAGUUGCAUACGAUUUCGAAUUGACUAAAGAGAUCUUGACAAAAGUUUUUGAAUUCUUUAAAAAACCAUUAGGUGUCAAAUUACCACCAUAUUUCGAUUUUGCACAUUUCGAUAUGAUGGCUGCUAUCUUGAAUGAAUUCCCAUUAGCAUAUGUCAACUGUAUCAAUUCCAUUGGUAAUGGGUUAUACAUCGAUGUGGACACUGAAACUGUUGUUGUUAAACCAAAGAACGGAUUUGGUGGGAUCGGUGGUGAUUACGUGAAACCAACUGCAUUAGCAAACGUUAGAGCCUUCCAACAAAGACUAAGACCAGAAAUCAAAGUUAUUGGUACAGGUGGUAUUAAAUCAGGACAGGAUGCGUUUGAACAUUUACUUUGUGGUGCAACAAUGUUGCAAAUCGGUACUCAGUUGGUCAAAGAAGGUCCAUCUGUCUUUGCAAGAAUUGAAAAGGAGUUGAAGGAAAUUAUGGACAAGAAAGGCUAUAAGACUAUUGGUGAAUUCCGUGGUAAAUUGAAAAGUAUUGAAUAA